AUGGGAGAAGCUCAAAAGGGCUUACUCUCUGUCAUCGAGAAACUGAAGGGAUCCACAGAGCAGGAGGUCAGGAUAGUGCUUUUGGGGUUGGACAAUGCUGGCAAGACCACCCUGUUGAAGAGCCUCGCCUCUGAGGAUGUGAACACCAUCACGCCUACACAGGGCUUCAACAUAAAGAGUGUUGCCUCUCAUGGCAUGAAACUCAAUGUCUGGGACAUUGGAGGCCAGAGGAAGAUCAGACCCUUCUGGAAAAAGUACCUGGAGAACACAGACCUGUUGAUUUAUGUUAUUGACAGUGCAGACAAGAAGCGGUUUGAGGAGACGGGACUGGAGCUGUCCGAGCUGAUCGAUGAGGAGAAUCUAAAGGGCGUUCCAGUGCUCAUCUUUGCCAAUAAGCAGGAUCUGGCCACAGCAUCACCAGCCAGUGAGAUUGCCGAGGGACUCAACUUGCAUACAUACCGGGACCGUGAGUGGCAGAUUCAGGCCUGCUCAGCUGUGUCCGGGGAGGGAGUUCAGGAUGGCAUGAACUGGAUUUGCAACAACAUUGUGAAUAAGAAGAAAAAGAAGUGA